AUGACAGAAGUUGAGCUCACACCUAGGCUAAGAAACGACUCGACGUCAUUGAAAUUUUCCCUCGAUGGAGGUGAAAAGAUCACGGUCUCAGAGCAAUCGGAACAUGUACGGAAUAAUGACGCAUCUCACGAACAAGCACAUAAACUAAUUUUCGAAUCAUUAAAAAGACGAAUUGAAGCUAUUAAUGGUGAGACGUGCGAACCUGGUGACGAAAACUCAUUUUUCAUAUGUGAUAUUGGUGAGGUUGAAAGAUUACAUAGAAACUGGUGUGAACAACUACCGAGGGUUCAGCCAUUUUAUGCAGUCAAAUGCAAUCCCGAUACUCGUGUUUUGGAGAAGCUCUCAGCCCUAAAAGUCAAUUUUGAUUGUGCAUCAAAGGCAGAAAUUGAAAAAGUUCUUUCCUUAGGAGUUUCACCAGAUAGAAUCAUUUAUGCAAAUCCAUGCAAGGCAUCCUCCUUUGUCAGAUACGCAGCUCGCUCAAAUGUUCUGAAAUCAACGUUUGACAACGUGGAAGAGCUAUACAAAAUCAAGAGAUUCCAUCCUAAAUCAGAGCUAUUUCUACGAAUUGCCACUGACGACUCAACAGCGCAAUGCCGUUUGUCGACCAAAUACGGCUGCGAGUUAGAGAACGUCGACAAACUGUUGUCAGCAGUCAAAGAGCUAGAUCUCAAUUUGGCCGGUGUUUCAUUCCACGUUGGAUCUGGUGCGUCAGAUUUCACAACGCUGUACAAAGCCGUCAGAGAUGCAAGAAUUGUCUUUGACAAAGCCGCGAACGAAUAUAAGCUGCCAGAGUUGAAAACCUUGGACGUGGGUGGCGGUUUCCAAUUCGAAUCUUUCAAGGAGUCCACUGCAGUGUUGCGCGCCGCAUUGGAUGAUUUUUUUCCGGUUGAGACUGGCGUCAACAUCAUCGCAGAGCCCGGGCGCUAUUUCGCAGCUACAGCAUUCACUUUGGCCGCAAACGUUAUUGCAAAGAGAUCCCUGAAGAACCACGAAGCAAUGCUGUACAUCAACGACGGAGUUUACGGCAAUAUGAAUUGCAUCCUCUUUGACCACCAGGCACCGACUCCGCGCACACUUUACCACAACUCACAGUUUCACUAUUUUGAUUUUGAGUCGUCUUCGCGAGAUACGACUUUGCAUCCCAGAAAAGAAAAAGUCUCCAUAUGGGGUCCAACCUGCGAUGGACUUGAUUGCAUCACAACCGAGCAUUACAUGGAACACGAUCUUAUACCGGGGGAUUGGCUUUACUUCCCCAAUCUGGGAGCAUACACAUCAUCGGCAGCAACGCCAUUCAAUGGUUUUGAACAGGUCGCUGAGAUCAUCUACAUCAAUUCUUUGAAAGACGGUAUAUAG